ACCAAAAUAUAAAAAAAAAGAAGUUUUUUUAAAUUUUUUUAUAUUUUGGUAAUUAGUAAUUAGUGUGAUACACUAAUUACUAGUAAUCUUUCAUUGAUUUACAUUUCUUUUUGAUUUGUAGCCCCUGAUUCUACAUGUGUUUUCUUCCUCUGAAUUACAAAACUCAGCUUAAAACAGAAACAUCUGGUCUUUGACAUAAACUGUCCCAAAUUGCAAAAUAUACACAAAUAUUUAGUACAUAAAAAUGAUUUAGGCAACAGUAAAUAGUUCUUCUGGGUAAUAACUUUGUCCACUCAAUUUGCUACCCAGUGAUAAUAGUUAUCUGUAUGUCAACAAUCUAAAUAGAUUCUUAUGAAUUUUUGGUAGAUGGAUAAUAUUCAAUAAUUAUUUAAAGAAUUCUGAAAGUAUAGUUUCAAUUUGUCCCUGGGUUCAGCCCCAAGUACCCAAAAAUAAAGAAGAUGCUUAGAGUUUAGUCUGGUAUAAUCUGCACAUAACUAACUGCAAAGAUCUGUGGAACUUGAAAUCGGAUUUUUUUUUCCUAAAGCCAUAGCAAGUGUUUAGGAUUAAGUCUGUAUUUAGGUUCUCAUGCAAUACUCUUCCCUUUUCCUAGGUCAUUCUAAACUUUUUGGGUAAUUUAGAACUAACCAGUGACAUAGCAACCCUCUAGACAAGCACUUAACCCAGACAAGCCUUGGAUCUCACAAGAUGAUACUUGCUUCUCUGGGAUCAUACCUUACAAUUGAUUUAUGCUAGCUUUCAAGACAUGCCAAAUGGCAUAGCAGAUUUUAAGUUCUGCCUCCACUGAUAAUGGCUGUGCUAUUUCUGUGCAGCCCAAAGGUCAACCCAACAUGUUGAGCACAUUGGUAGAAAUGAGUGUACGGAGUGUCCUUUCUGCAUAUAGGAACUUCACUUUGUCAGCAAAAAAGGCUAACAAACUUUACUAUAUAUUUGUGCUUCUUGACAGAUAAAAUGGGAAUUACUAAGCUGUAAUCAGGCCUAAAGUGGCCUGAUUUAAUACAGAGACUUUUUCACUUCUCGAUCACAAUUAUUUGGGUAGCUUCGGCAUGCAGCAUUCUUUGCAGUUCCUGACCCUUUAAUGCCUGACCCUUCCAAGCAACCAAAGAACCAGCUUAAUCCUAUUGGUUCAUUACAGGAAUUGGCUAUUCAUCAUGGCUGGAGACUUCCUGAAUAUACUCUUUCCCAGGAAGGAGGACCUGCUCAUAAGAGAGAAUAUACCACAAUUUGCAGGCUAGAGUCAUUUAUGGAAACUGGAAAGGGGGCAUCAAAGAAACAAGCCAAGAGAAAUGCUGCUGAGAAAUUUCUUGCCAAAUUUAGUAAUAUUUCUCCAGAGAACCACAUUUCUCUAACUAAUGUAGUAGGAAAUUCUUUAGGAUGCACUUGGCAUUCCUUGAGGAAUUCUCCUGGUGAAAAGAUCAACUUACUGAAAAGAAGCCUCCUUAGUAUUCCUAAUACAGAUUACAUCCAGCUGCUUAGUGAAAUUGCCAAGGAACAAGGUUUUAACAUAACGUAUUUGGAUAUAGAAGAACUGAGUGCAAAUGGGCAGUAUCAGUGUCUCGCCGAACUGUCAACCAGUCCUAUCACAGUCUGUCAUGGCUCCGGCAUCUCCUGUGGCAAUGCACAGAGUGAUGCCGCCCACAAUGCUUUGCAGUAUUUAAAGAUAAUAGCAGAAAGAAAGUAAACUUAGGGCAGCUUAGAAAGUCCUUCAGUAGCACAUAAAAAGUUUCCGUCACUCCUUCCCCAGUAAAACUUCUACUGUAUUGUUUGAGUUUGUGUGUUGUUUCCACAUCUCUUCGGAUUCCAUCAACACUCCAGAUUUAAUUAUCUCCUGGUAGUUAUUACUAAGCUCUUUUUAAUGGCUUCAACUUUGUAUUGGUAUAUUGUCUUUAUAAACUUUGUACCACGAAGCAGAGCAGGGCCAGGCAAAUGGGAGGAAGAAGCUGCAUGUUUGAUGAUGAUGAAGAAGAAGAAAAAGAAAUAAAACUACUGCUAGCAACAGUCUUACUGGUGCUUAAACAACCUCUUUUUUUCUUUUUUUUUUUGCGCAAGGCUUCAUAAUGGGAAUUUGAAGGAAGCCCUUUAGGUUUAGAUGUUGAGAGAUGGCAUUAACAGACUUUUACUGAAUGUGAUUGUUAAAUUUCAGGGAACAUGAUUGGUCUCCUGUGUAUUUGAAACCAUGUAAUAAAGAGCUGUUGUUAUAAUGAGGUUCUGCUCAUUUUAUUAAAGAGCUACUGACUUGA